UUUUCUCUCCGUUUCCUUCAUUUUCUAUUCCGCUUCCCUUGCUUCGUCUCUCUAGCUGAAACGUCUCUUCCAAACUUUCCAACUACUCACCAUCACAAAUCCUAAAACCCAUCUCACCAAACUCAAUAGAUUUUCCAGUCCACCAUGGAUGUACCUCCACAAUUUCUCUGGAUCUUCAUCUACAUCUCUAUGCAAAAAUUAUCAUUUCACUCCUUGCAAUGCACCACCACUUGAACUCAUACCCACUGACUCUGAGCAUGUCUUUUAGAGCUUCACUCUGUCAUCAUCUGUAAUUUCUUGAACCUAUCUAUGCUCGGAAGAGCCUUUUUUUUUUUGUUUUUUGGUGAAAAUCUAUAGCUCUUCAGAGUUAGGGUUUCAAAAUUCGUCGAUACAAAGCUAGUCUUCCUCCUUUUGGAGUGUCCAAAAGUUAGAUAUAAGGUAAAACUACCACAACUUAUUAAGUGUGAUAAGGUUAGCAGCAAACAUUUAAACCUUGGUGAAUUUGAUGACCAUAGCCAUAGUCUGCAAGAUACCAGAGAUUAAUGAGGAGAUGCAAUCAGCUUGCAUUCAACUGAAAUGAAGAACGUGCAGGUUCUGAUGAUCCGCAAAAUACACCGGAAAUACAAUCCUCAACCCAGGUUUCUCAUGAGUCCCAAGCUGACCAACAGAAUAGUGCAACAGAGGCUCCUGUAGGAGACUCGGGUUCAAUUUCUACUCCAAGCCAUGAUAAUAGGAAAGUUUCUCGGGAAGAUAUUGAACUUGUCCAGAACUUGAUAGAACGGUGUCUACAGUUGUAUAUGAAUAGAGAUGAAGUGGUAAAAACCCUAUUGAAUCGUGCAAGGAUAGAUCCUGGAUUUACAACUUUGGUAUGGCAGAAGUUAGAAGAAGAAAAUGCUGACUUUUUCAGGGCCUAUUACAUAAGGCUAAAAUUGAAGAAACAAAUUAUCAUGUUCAAUCAUUUGCUUGAGCACCAGUAUCAUCUAAUGAAGUAUCCUGUACCUCCAAAGGUUCCUUUGGCUCCGAUACAGAAUGGUAUUCAUCCCAUGGCAGUUAACAACUUACCCAUGGGAUAUCCUGUCCUACAGCAACCACCAGUUCCAGCUACAGGUCAACCUCAUCUUGAUUCCAUGAGCUGCGGAAUAUCUAGCUGCCAUGUUGUUGAUGGAGUGCCUGCACCAAACAAUUUUCAUCCCAUUCGGAUGAAUUCUGGAAACGAGAUGGUGAUGGGCAGCAGCGCAGCUGAUGUGCCGCCUGUUGUUCCACCAGGCAGUGCUGUGUCAUCCAUGUCAGACAUGGCUGUGAGUCCUCCAUCAGUGGCAUCUACUGGGCAUUUUCCCUUUACUGCAUCGGAGAUAUCGGGAAUGGGAGUAGACACAUCAGCGCUUGACACAGCAUUUACUUCUGAUGUGGCAAGUUCUGUAGGAUUGCAGCUUCCACCAGAUACUGGGGCUGGGAAUUCUAGGGAUUCCCUCAGAUCAUUGGCUCAGAUUCCUUGGAAUUUUAGCCUUUCAGAUCUGACUGCAGAUUUGUCAAACUUGGGAGAUCUAGGAGCCUUGGGAAAUUAUCCUGGUUCUCCCUUUUUGCCUUCUGAUUCAGAUAUUUUACUUGAUUCUCCAGACCAUGAGGGUAUAGUGGAGGAGUUCUUUGUUGAUUCAGUCCCUGGGCCUCCAGGCUCUCAAUCUGAUGAAGAGAAUCUAGGUUAAGGUAAGGCCUACCAAUUUCUUUUAAUUAUUUAGGAUAGGGCAAGUUUAUUGUACAAUAAAAAUGGAGAAGAAACUGUUGACAUUUACAUAUGUUAGUUAGGCAUUCAGGGUUUAGUUAUUUACUUGAGCUUUUGAGGCUUAGUAAUGUAGUGGGAUCUAUAUUUGCUUAGUACGAAGCAGUUGUUAUAUUAGUUCCAUUUCUCACAAUCGUUAGCAUAAUGAUUGGAUAUCGAACAUCAUCAUUUGGAAUGCUUGACAGUCUUAUUAUGUAAUCUUGUAUCUAUCUCUGUCACGACUCCUUCGAGGCUAGAGGUAGGUGUUCUCUCUGCGGUACAUUGAUGGGAUUUCCGCAUUUGUAAAUUUGCUAUUUGAGAGAGAAUUGAACAUCUUGUUGCCUGUAAGUGUCGGUUCUUUCCAUUUUGGCUUAUGUUUACUUUGUUAGGAAGCAACUAAA